GUACCCAACAACACUUGUUUUGGAGGAAGUGGCCGACAGAAAGAAAAGUGGACGACAGCGAGUAGCGAGAGUGGCUAACGGCUUGGUUUAGCUUAGCUCAUUAGCUCGACAUACAGGAAAAGCCAACGUCAACGACAACAAGACACCAGUGUAGCAAAUCGACAAGUGAGAUUACGCUGCCACUGACAGCGCUCACUUCGACUCGCAGAGUUAGUGAGGACGGAUAGUUAUCAUAUAUUAGGACAUUGUCGAGGCUUCAAAGGAGCACUCUUGCUUCGACAGACAUUUAAAAGGAACUGCUAGCCCCCGUUUUGCUAAUCUGCGCGUUAGCUAACGUUAGGAACGGAGGCUGAGGAAAAGUCCGCUUUUGGUAUUUUUACCACAGGAUCGUCUCACAGCUGAGGCACAAUGACUUCAAGGAAGAAAGUCCUCCUCAAAGUCAUCAUCCUCGGAGACUCCGGAGUGGGGAAGACCUCGUUGAUGAACCAGUAUGUGAAUAAGAAGUUCAGUAACCAGUACAAAGCCACGAUAGGUGCGGACUUCUUGACGAAAGAAGUCAUGGUGGAUGACAGACUUGUCACAAUGCAGAUUUGGGACACAGCAGGUCAGGAGAGGUUCCAGUCUUUAGGGGUGGCGUUCUACCGCGGGGCAGACUGCUGCGUUUUGGUGUUUGACGUGACGGCCCCCAACACCUUCAAGACUCUCGACAGCUGGAGGGACGAGUUCCUGAUCCAGGCCAGCCCCCGAGACCCGGAGAACUUCCCCUUUGUGGUUCUCGGCAACAAGAUUGAUUUAGAGAACAGACAGGUCACAACCAAGCGGGCACAGGCCUGGUGUCAGAGCAAAAACAACAUCCCUUAUUUUGAAACUAGCGCCAAAGAGGCCAUCAACGUGGAGCAGGCCUUCCAGACCAUUGCACGCAACGCUCUCAAACAGGAGACCGAGGUGGAGUUGUACAACGAGUUCCCGGAGCCGAUUAAGCUGGACAGGAACGAGCGAGCCAAGCCUUCAGCGGAGACGUGCAGCUGCUGAGGACCCUGGAGAUUUGCGUCAUAGCCCUCAUCACCCCGUCAUGCCUUGUCUAAAUAUCCUUCCUUCCCAUGACCCACCAUGAUGACCCCUCAUGCCCACCAUACAAGCAGCGUCUUGCUCACCAAUUUGACAUGACCAACAUGCUGCACCCUCCCCCUUAUAUAUGGGAAACACACAUUUUCUAUCAAGUAUCGGUCUCCUAGCCCAAAGAACACCUUAAACACUGUAUGCUUAUUAUUCCUGUCCAGUAUUUUCCCACGUUUAAAUGGCAACAGAUGUUUUCAGUUCUAUGAAUAUUGCUGCUUUCACAAUCACUUGUUUUAUGUUGAGCUCAAACAUCCUAUUCGUCUUUGUGUUUCAGUGAGUAAAACUGGAUUUUUUUUUUUUUUUCUCUGUAGCUUUGGUGGUUAUUGUCUUACAUUCACAGGGUGCCACUACUGAAAAUGCAUGAAUAGAGGAAACACUGCUCCCCUCCUUUGUUAUUUGUGUUGUGGCUUUGGGGUCACGCUCCACCUCACACAAACUUCAAACAGAAUAAAUGUUAGGGAUCGAGAUUCAAAUUUGGAUGAUCAGACUGUGACAAUUCCAUUCCAAUUGACCAUUGAUGUUCUCGUAAUUGGUACACAAUGAUGAAAAUUAAGAGAAUUUACAAGUCCCAUCACUCAAGUGUGCAGGUUGUUGUAUUCAUUCAAAAUAACCCUAUUGUGGAGCAACAUGAAACUGGCCUAUGGCUGUGGUUAGCGCUGUUCUUCUUGACUUGUACAGUAAUUACUUGGUGCAACAUGAAACAAAUCAAGAUACUAAGGUCACUCCUACUUUGGUCCUGGAGAAGUAGUACAACUAUCAUUCAUAACGCAGUACUCUUACCCAAUACAUUUAUUUUAAUUGACAACAAAUUAAAGGACUUCUGUACAAUUCCAAUCAUUUUGUGGAGAAGACAAACAUGUAAAUCUCUAUCUUACUGCCAGUUGCUUGAAGUGCUUGACAUAGCCAAUCGUCUGAAUCAUGUUAAAAUGGAAAUGAACUACAUUAGAAUUCUGAUUGCUGUCAGACUAACUUUGAAAGCAAAAGUGAGAUGGUGGAAGUAGUGGCAUUCAUCAUUAUAUAUAAAUAUGAUAAAUGCAUAGUAAAGUUUCAAAAUGUCUUUGCCUUUCAAAUAAGGGUAAUAAAAACCUUAAAAUUCA